AUGAUUAUACCAGACACUCAACAAACUACGCAAAGAGAAGGAAAAGGAGCCUCCCCCCUACUAGAAGGAAAGGCUCCAGUAGCUGAGACCUCGGUCUCUCCGGUGGACCCUGCCCCAAAGGGGCAGAGGGAACCGCGGGGGACCGGGGCCGGUAAGAGGAUCGCAUCGCGGGAGAGGAAAAACCCAGUAGAGGGCCCUUCUCCCGCGAAGAAGAUAGGGGAGGACCUGGAGGAGUGCGGAGCUAACCCACCCUCGUGGAAUCUCGCCCACUUCGAGCGCCUUCUGGACCGGCUGGGGGACCUUAUGUCGAGGCGCCCCCAAAAGCCGUUCCUGGUGGCCGGGGACUUCAAUGCCAAAUCGACGUUGUGGGGGUCCUCGGCCGGGUGUCGAAAGGGCGAGGCAAUGAAAGAAUGGGUCGCGUCUCACGGCCUCUAUGCGGCCCGACUGAUCCAGAAUUGGCGGGUGGUGACCAGGGGUGAAAACCCCUCGGACCACAGAUAUAUCGUGGUCCGACUGGUCGCCGCACCCGAGGAGGUGCUCCUGAGGCGCGGCCAGGGGGGUGCCCGGCCACCAAAAUGGGCCCUUCAUAAGCUCGACCGCGACAGGUUGGCGGCCGCCCUAACGGCGGCCACAUGGACGGACCCGGGCCCCACACCGGCGACCUGGUCCUCCAUUGAGGCUGAGGCGGCCGGAAUCGUGGGCAUGAUGACGGUGGCGUAUGAUGCCGCCAUGCCCCGAUCUCGGCCGCAUCCCCACCGGUCCGUGUACUGGUGGUCGUCGGAGAUCGUCGAACUUCGGCGCUCCGCCGGCCGAGCCAGGCGAGAAAUAAAUCGGCGGGGAAGGGAUAGUGAGGGCAGGAUAGCCGCCGAGGGGGCCUACCACGAAAAACGGGGCGCCCUCAAAGCGGCCAUCUUUACGGCCAAGGCCCGUGCCUGGGACGACCUGAUCUCCACCAUCGACAGGAACUCAUGGGGGCGCCCUUAUCACAUAGUGAUAAGACGCUUGUGUAAUUGGGCGCCCCCUCGAACGGCGUCCCUGGACCCCGACUUCCUCGAUGAAGUGGUAGGGGCCCUCUUUCCAUGGGGGGAAACCUGUAUUCCCCCCUACGAGGCUCCCCCCAGACGGGGAGGAAGAGUCGGUCGGAGUCACCAAGGUGGAGAUGGACAGGGCCGUCAAGAAACUCGGCGCCAACAAAAGGGCGUCGGGCCCCGACGGUAUCCCAGGCACAGCGUGGCGAUGAAGGAGGCAGAGGUGAAGAGUCGAGCAAUGCGGCUCUUCACCUCCUGUAUGAGGACCGGGGUUCCCCAGCCCCUGGAAGAGGGCCAAUUUGGUCCUCUUCAGAAAGGGGGGCCAGCCGGGGGACAGCCCUUUAGCAUAUAG